CGAAAGAGUUUCACGCUGAUCUGACAGAAUGCGGAAUUCUAUCAGGCUCCAAGUCCAAUCCCUCACUAUUCCAUGGUACAUGCAUGAUUCACAGCCUUGUACAACCGAGCGUGACCAAUCCGGUCUCCUGAGUCACAGAUAGCAAAAAUCCCCUCUUUGCCUAGACAAGCUAGUACGUAGCAAUAAUGGUCAUAGCUUCCCAAGUACGGAGCAUGUCAGUAUUUAUUUAAAUAACGACUAUCAUCUCAUAUGACAGUCAGUCUCGCCUUUGUUUGUUCCUCCUCAUCUACAACCACUAUCCCAACCGAUCAAUAUCGAAACAAUCAAACUCAAAGCAGACAAACCAUCUCUUGACCAUAUGACCGCAAACGUCAAAGAGGCCGAGGCCGAGGCCGGCUCCAUCGGUGAAACAUAUGAGCUCUACCAAUCAGCUCCAGAUGAGAAAGGUCGCUCUUCAUGGACCCAUCAAAUGCCCAAAGAUUUGGUUGCGCCGGCAGAAAACUCGCAGUCAAGCAAGUAUGCGUUGAUUGUACGAAAGGUAAAAUGUUACGAUGGAAAGAGAAGCCUCAAAGUCCAUUCGAUUAUCAUCCAAAGUGAACCUCUCAAGAGCUUCCUCGCCAGCGUCAUGAAAGACUACCCGGGGCUUACAUUGACACUCAAUCGCCUCGAAAUGGAAGCCCCAUUUAAACCUUUUGUUCAUCGAUGGAGGCAAUUGUGCGAAGCCAUUGAAAAUGAAGCAGACGCAAUGACCUUGAAACAUGCCAUGCUGUUACAUGAAGUCCUGCACGAGGAGCUGAAGGACACAAUAUCUGAAAAGAACGACCUCAUUCAAAACAAAGUGAUGACACUGGACCUUCUAUGGGCCCUCUUUGAGCCUGGAUCUAUCAUACUGAGUGUUAUCGAUGGUCGUGAGUGUGCCUUCCAAUUCGAAUCAGGCAGCCUCAAUAGAUGUGGCAAUUUCGUGAUCAGUGCAAAGUAUAUCGAUUGGGAUGGUGCGGAAUUUGGGUACUCAAACAAGCGCCUGACAAUUCCAGCCUAUGAAGGAACAUUGCCUAUUGUGGAAUUAUGCGUAUACCCUCUGAUCUUUCACGGUGAUGCAGCACGCAUUCGAAAGGAUCUUGCCGACCGUGGUAAGCUCUGGCAGGAAUAUAAAGGCUAUCACUACAAACAGUAUGAUGGCCCUGCGAGUGGUUUCGAUCCCUUGACUGGGCGUGAGAUGAGACUCAACAUUCGGAGUCGCAUCGUGAUCGAUACAAAAGCCUACAAUAUCUUCCAACCAGAUGGUCAAAUAUCGGUCUCCGAGAAUGUAAAGGGCGCUCUUUCCGAGGAACAACAGCUUAUCGCAACUCCAAUCCUUAGAGGAUACGCUCUCAAACAAAAGGCUUGGCUGGAAUUCUUUGUCGAUAGCGUUACGGAUAUUGCUUGGAACACAAAGGCUUUUGACUCUUUGGUUCUCCCUCAUGCUCAGCAGGGGUUGAAGAGACUCAUUCUUGGAAUUGCUCAAGCUCAGUCCAACAAGAGUGACACGUUUGAUGACGUUAUUCAAGGCAAGGGGCGCGGAGUCAUCAUGCUUCUCAAAGGUCCUCCUGGAGUGGGGAAAACACUCACGGCCGAGAGCGUCGCAGAAGCUAUGAGGGUUCCGCUCUACAUCCUAAGCGCAGGCGACCUGGGUACAGAUUCUGCGACUGUUGAGAGCAAAAUGAGAGAUGUUAUGAGCAUGAUCCCUCGAUGGGGGGCCAUCAUUCUACUGGAUGAAGCUGAUGUCUUCAUGGAAGCUCGCGAUACAAUUGACUUGAAAAGAAACGAGCUAGUCUCCAUUUUCCUCAGACUCUUGGAGUAUUACGAGGGAAUUUUGUUCCUGACAACCAACCGUGCCGAGCAUAUCGAUCCCGCUUUUGAAUCGCGCAUCCACAUUUCUAUUCGCUAUCCACAGCUUAGCCCAGAAUCGAGACGCCAAAUCUGGAGUCAGUUCAUUGCAGCGAGAAACAUUGCACAAUUCUCAGAAGAUGAGCUUGAUCAAGUCUCGAGUUUAGAACUCAACGGCAGACAGAUAAAGAAUCUGCUGAAAACGGCACAUCUGAUGGCACAGGCAGAAAAAUGUCAAUUGAACUAUGAACAUGUGCGAAUUGUCUUGGAUUUGAGGGAUUCAGUGGGCUCUUGACCUACGUGUAACAGGUCUAUCAGAAUCAUACAGGAUUCAACACUUUUGCAGAGAAUUUAGGAAUAAUUGAUUGGUUUUACUGAGAAGCCAGAUGCAGCAAGGCUCAUUGGGGAUGUCUUGGUCAGAUGAUCGGAAUAGCCUUAGCUCUCUCACGUAUCUCGAAAUCCUCUCUAAUCCUAAAUCCCAUUUGCUAUCGCACAAGCACCCCUCAUCGAUCUGAUUUCCAUCCAAUUCAUGCGUCAGUACUACUCGGAUCGCAUACGGAGUCGCGUUAGUAGACUCUAGCGUUAAGUUGCGGUCUUGGCCAAUCUUCAUGAUCCGACACCGUAGGUUCUUAGCUUCAGAGCCCCAGCCACGGUGGAUACCGGAAGAGGUCUCGUGAAGGUGUACUCUCUCUGGCCUGCAUAUUCCAAAAUUUCCG